AUGGCGAUGUCUUAUAAAGAUGGUAAGAUGGGAUGUUUGGAGAAUGGGAAGUAUGUGAGGUACACACCUGAGCAAGUUGAAGCACUUGAGAGGCUUUAUCAUGACUGUCCUAAACCCAGUUCUAUUCGCCGUCAGCAGUUGAUCAGGGAGUGUCCUAUUCUCUCUAACAUUGAGCCUAAACAGAUCAAAGUUUGGUUUCAGAACCGAAGGUGUAGAGAGAAACAAAGGAAAGAGGCCUCACGGCUUCAAGCUGUGAAUAGGAAGUUGACGGCGAUGAACAAGCUGUUGAUGGAAGAGAAUGAUAGGUUGCAGAAGCAAGUGUCCCAGCUGGUUCAUGAAAACAGCUACUUCCGCCAACGCACUCCCAAUCCUUCACUUCCAGCUAAAGACACAAGCUGUGAAUCGGUGGUGACGAAUGGUCAACACCAAUUAGCAUCACAGAUUCCUCCAAGAGAUGCUAGUCCUGCAGGACUUUUGUCCAUUGCAGAAGAAACUUUAGCAGAGUUUCUUUCAAAGGCUACUGGAACCGCUGUUGAGUGGGUUCAGAUGCCUGGAAUGAAGCCUGGUCCGGAUUCCAUUGGAAUCAUUGCUAUUUCUCACGGUUGCGCUGGUGUGGCAGCACGCGCCUGUGGCCUAGUGGGUCUCGAGCCUACAAGGGUCGCAGAGAUCGUCAAAGAUCGGCCUUCGUGGUUCCGCGAAUGCCGAGCUGUUGAUGUUAUGAAUGUGUUGCCAACAGCCAAUGGUGGAACCAUUGAGCUGCUUUACAUGCAGCUCUAUGCACCAACUACGUUGGCUCCACCACGUGAUUUCUGGCUGUUGCGUUAUACUUCUGUUUUAGAAGAUGGCAGCCUUGUGGUAUGCGAGAGGUCUCUUAAGAGCACUCAAAACGGUCCUAGUAUGCCACAGGUUCAACAUUUUGUUAGAGCAGAGAUGCUUCCCAGUGGGUACUUGAUACGGCCUUGUGAUGGUGGUGGCUCCUUUAUACACAUUGUAGAUCAUGUGGAUUUGGAGGCUUGUAGUGUGCCUGAGGUCUUGCGCCCUCUCUACGAGUCACCAAAAGUACUUGCACAGAAGACAACAAUGGCAGCCCUACGCCAACUCAAACAAAUAGCUCAAGAGAGUUCUCAGACUAACAGUAGUGUCAAUGGCUGGGGACGGCGUCCUGCUGCCUUACGAGCUCUGAGUCAAAGGCUUAGCAGAGGAUUCAAUGAGGCUGUUAAUGGUUUCACCGAUGAAGGAUGGUCGGUGAUAGGAGAUAGCAUGGAUGAUGUCACAAUCACUGUGAACUCUUCUCCAGAUAAGCUGAUGGGUUUGAAUCUUCCAUUUUCCAAUGGCUUUGCUCCUGUUAGCAAUGUGGUUUUAUGCGCAAAAGCCUCCAUGCUUUUACAGAAUGUUCCUCCGGCGAUCCUGCUUAGGUUUCUGAGGGAGCAUAGAUCAGAGUGGGCUGACAACAACAUUGAUGCAUAUCUGGCAGCAGCUGCUAAAGUGGGGCCUUGUAGUGCCAGAGUUGGAGGAUUUGGAGGGCAGGUUAUACUUCCACUUGCUCAUACUAUUGAGCAUGAAGAGUUCAUGGAAGUCAUCAAAUUAGAGGGUCUUGGUCAUUCCUCUGAAGAUGCAAUCGUUCCAAGAGAUAUCUUCCUUCUACAACUUUGUAGCGGUAUGGAUGAGAAUGCUGUUGGAAUAUGCGCUGAACUUAUAUUUGCACCAAUUGAUGCUUCUUUUGCGGAUGAUGCACCUCUACUUCCUUCUGGUUUUCGCAUCAUCCCUCUUGACUCCUCAAAGCAGGAAGUAUCUAGUCCAAACCGAACAUUGGAUCUUGCUUCAGCACUUGAAAUUGGUUCAGCCGGAACAACAAAAGCCUCAACUGAUCAAUCAGGAAACUCCACAUGUGCAAGAUCUGUGAUGACAAUAGCGUUUGAGUUUGGUAUUGAGAGCCAUAUGCAAGAACAUGUAGCAUCCAUGGCUAGGCAGUAUGUUCGAGGCAUCAUCUCAUCGGUUCAGAGAGUUGCAUUGGCACUUUCUCCUUCUCACAUCAGUUCACAAGUCGGUUUACGCACUCCUUUGGGUACUCCUGAAGCCCAAACACUUGCUCGUUGGAUCUGCCAGAGUUACAGGAGCUACAUGGGCGUUGAGCUACUUAAAUCGAAUAGUGAAGGCAAUGAAUCUAUUCUUAAGAACCUUUGGCAUCAUACAGAUGCUAUAGUUUGCUGCUCAAUGAAGGCCAUGCCCGUGUUCACAUUUGCAAACCAGGCAGGACUUGACAUGCUGGAGACUACAUUGGUUUCUCUUCAAGAUAUCUCUUUAGAGAAGAUAUUUGAUGACAAUGGAAGAAAGACACUCUGCUCUGAGUUCCCACAGAUCAUGCAACAGGGUUUCGGGAGUCUUCAAGGUGGGAUAUGUAUCUCGAGCAUGGGGAGACCAGUUUCAUAUGAAAGAGCUGUUGCUUGGAAAGUACUCAAUGAAGAAGAGAAUGCUCAUUGUAUCUGCUUUGUGUUCAUCAAUUGGUCCUUUGUUUGAGAUUUAUUUGUACUUUUGAAUAAUCUGUUUUUUCUUUCUUUGAAGAGGAACAUGUUGCCUCGUGGGUGUUAUUGCAAGACGGUCUAUGUAGUUGUUUCUUGGUGUUUGCUGUGAAACACAUUAACAGUAUUUUGUUUGAAAACUCAAAGACA